AUAUAGACACAUUCAUAUCAGACACCCUAAAAGGAGAAAAUUUAUCCAAGAAAGCCAAGGAAAAAAAAGAAGCUCUUCUUAAGAAGCUAAAAGAUGUCAAAGCUAAGUUCCCCUCUGCUUUCAUCUUGGUUACUAGUAACCAUGUCUUUACUCCUGAUGCUGCACCAUUCCUUCUUGGUUACAUACAACAAAGCUACCAUUUUUGCUAGUCAUUCUGAAAGACUGCCUUUUUUCCCCCACCAAUUUGACUACCCCCAAGAAUUCCAGGAUGAAGGAGAGCUGGAAGACGAGGACGAAUCUGAAGGCCUUUUAUCUUCACCUCCUGAUAGUGUCUCGCUAGCAUCUGACCGAUAUGAUAAAGAAGAUGAAGCACCCUCUGACGGGAACCAGUUUCCUCCUAUUGCAGCUCAGGAUCUUCAGUUUGUUCUGAAGGCUGGAUAUCUUGAAAAGCGCAGAAAAGACCACAGUUUUCUUGGCUUUGAAUGGCAAAAGCGUUGGUGUGCUCUUAGUAGGACAGUCUUCUAUUAUUAUGGAAGUGACAAAGACAAACAACAGAAAGGUGAAUUUGCUUUAGAGGGCUACACCGUCAGAAUGAAUAAUACCCUUCGAAAGGAUGCAAAGAAAGAUUGCUGUUUUGAAAUCUCGGCUCCUGAUAAGCGCAUUUAUCAGUUUACAGCAGCUACUACCAAAGAAGCAGAAGAAUGGGUACAGCAAGUCAAAUUUAUAAUUCAAGAUUUGGAAUCUAGCAUUAUUCCUGAGGAGGAAGUGGAAGAAGAAUAUGAUGAUGUUGGACAAGUCAGCACUGAACCAAUAGAUGAUGAAGGCAUUUAUGAAGAACUUCCAGAGGAAGAAGAGAGAGCUCCUGCAAAGACUGAAGCACCAAGGAAGCUGAGCCAAGAGAAUGUUACUAGUGUUUCAGAGGAUAAAAAUACCGAUUAUGCUAAUUUCUACCAAGGUUUGUGGGACUGCACAGGAGAUGUACCUGAUGAGUUGUCAUUUAAACGUGGUGACAUUAUCUACAUUCUCAGCAAGGAGUACAAUAGAUUUGGCUGGUGGGUAGGAGAAAUGAAGGGAACCAUUGGCUUGGUGCCUAAAGCCUACAUAAUGGAGAUGUAUGAUAUUUGAGAGGCCCGGUCAAAAGAAAUCUGAAAUUUAAGUCCAGCGUGGUGUGCAGAUACAAUUUCCAGAUCUGGUCUCCAAAAUGGGAAGAUUCUAAGACUGUAAACCUGCAGUUGCCAUGACUGUAGUUAGAACAUCAUCUCAAAUAUAUGAAGUAAAACAUUUGAAAAACACACUUCUGAGUUUGUUAUGCAAGUCAUCAAUAUUUUGUCAACAUUUUUGGAAAAGAAGUUUUGUACAAUUAUUUGUUUCAUAACUGUAGCACGGUGAAACUAAAUAGAUAGCAGUUAAUGUAUGAGGCACAAGCAGUAAAACUGUACCUGUCGCUGUUUUCCUUAUGCAAUAUUUGUACUUGUCCUAUCCAUCUGUUCUAUACUAGUGUGGAACAGGAUAAUUUUUCCCCUAUUAAAGUUUUGAAAAUACAGCAGGGUCUUGAAAUUAGCAAAUUAUUCACUUCAGGUAGAUUUUUAAUAGCUGAUAGUUUCAUUUCAAUUGCUAGAAGUGAUUUCAUAGAAAGCUAAAUAAUUUCUGUGCAGCAAUAUAAUGUGCUUCUGAAAAACAAAAUAUUUUAUAUUUCUAAAUGUGAUUUAUUCUUCAUAGGAUUUUAUUAUUUUAUAUAUAGUAAGAUUUUAUAAUCACUGAAUAACGGGGUUAGAGUAAAUCAUCAGAGUCUCUUUAAAAUUAGGGGAACUAUAGUGACUUGCACCUUAUUAUCCUUAUUUGGACGUAUAUUGUGUGAAAAAAUACAUGGAACUGAAAAUGGCUAUUUUGGGUGUUGGAUGCAUAAAAAAUAGCAUUUGUGCAUGAAUUUCCUGUCAGCAAAGCACUCCUUACCUGUUUUUCUGUUGUUGAAGCACAGAUGAUUUCACUGAUCCAAUCUUCCUGGCUUGCCUACUUCUAACCCAAGUUAUGCCAUGGAAGUUUGUGAGACUAUACAUGUGAGUAAGGGAUACCUUCAGCGUCAGCAGUAGCAUAAGCAGGAUAUGGUUAUUCAUUAUAUCACAGCAAAGUACAGUUAAAAAAAAAAUUAAGCAUCUCCCGUACACAGAAUCAGAGCAAUUUCAAUUGUAGUAAUACUUAAAAAACCCUUUGUUCCAUUUGUUUGUUGUAUAGCUGCAUGUAUAAUAUCCCCAGUUAUUUUGAAUUCCCCAGAACACUUAGAAACAACCAGGACUGGUCUGAUGAUUUGUGAGACCCUCAAGCUGCCAAAAAGACAGGUCAAGCCAGCCUGUGAAUUGCUGAGUCUGUGCAGGUCCCCUAGUACUUGCUUAUGCUGUUUAUGCUUCAGGCAGGCCCUGGAACCAGUGUGGGGGUAAAAGGUAGCUUUAAUUUAAACGUUAAAUUGUUUUAUUUCAGGCAACUAAAGCUGAGUUUUACUUUAAAUAAUUUAUUUUACUUUUUGUUAUAAAAGACUGCUAGUAAGAGUGAACCAGGGUGUGUGUGGUUAUUUUACAAACUAUUUUUUAAAGAACUGGUCAUUGAAAUCACAUGUGUAUGUAAUCUGUGAAGCAUUAAAAUGGAAGAUUAUAACCUUCUUCAGAGUUUUACUACUUUAAUUUAUCAAGUGUACUUGUAGAUUGUAUACAGUGUACACUGUUAAUAUCAUGGCUAGAAAAACUUUCUUUUUUUAACAAACCAGCGUAAUAAAUCCACAUGCUGAAAGAUCUUUAUAUUAAUUUAAUAAUUUAGAAAUCCCCUGCAACUUUUUUGAUUACUGUCUUUUGUGUCAAAGACUUGUACACAUGAAUGACCCAUAAAACUGAAUUUAUAAACAUCUAAGUUAUAGUAAAUUUACUCUUAAAAAAAAUUAGUAAUUGUUUUGGACACCAAUAUUAUAUGUUAAAAUUAAACCCAUAACAGAUUUUUGCGGCCAGGUUAAACCUUGGGAAACUGUUUCGUGCUGACAAACUAAACUAUGACAGUGCUAGUGGGCAUUGCUCUCCUGUUUUCAUUUGGUAUAUAAAAGGAGAAGAAUUUGUACUAUAGUGGUUUGUCAGUAGAUGGCAGCAGAUUUUCGUAGCAUGUUGCACUACUUGGAAACCCUUCCCCCACCAAUUGAUCUCAUGCACAGGCACUCGCAUUUACAAGUUAAAAUCACUGGAGGCCUCCUUCGCCUUAUCCCGUUAAUCCAGGAGAGGGAGUCCUUACCCAACUGAUGAAUAACAAGCUCUUUGAGCUAUUUUUCCUGUUGAUGGUGACAAAAAUAGAAAUAAAGUAUCUUUUGUCUGUAGUUCUAUAACAUUUAUUUUCUGUCUGUUUGUACAGCGUGAAAGGUUAUCAAACAGAAAACACGCACAUUGAAAAACUUUUUUUCAAGAAGAGGAGACUUCCAGCACCAUCCCAAAUUUUUUUGAAAUAAGCCAGCGAAGCAAAAUCAAUAUGAUGUUUACUUUAAAUCGUUGCAAAUACCAUAACCUUUUUUGAAUGAGAAAAUUCUUAUUAAUACAAUUUAAACAAAAUUGGAUGUUGGAAAAUAGGCUAAUUGCUUUAUUUUCAUUGUUUACUUAGAUUUCAUUUGCCUUUCUUUGAACUGUAAGACGGCUAAUUUUUUUCUAAAGGUGAUUGUAAGUCAUAUUUUAUGCAGCAUUUUACUUGAUUAUUUGCUCUGUACUGAAUUUGUGCUAUACUGCCAUUAGAUCUUACAAUAAUGUUCCACUCUGCAAAUUUUUAAGGUUCAAAUAAAGUUUAAUUGUUUGCAAA